AUGGGGUUUAAGGACAAAAUUCUUUUUUGGAAGGAUGAGGUGCAAUACAGAACGCUAGCUGUAGCAGACCAAGUUGCUAAUAGGUUCUUCCAUUCUUUUGAAAACGUAUAUAAGGGAGACGAAUCUGUCGAAGAUGCUGACUCGAGACCUGUUGGUUUAACUAAUGAAACUCUUUCACAUAGUUCUGAUUUUUUUGUAUUACCAGAAGAGAGAAUAAGUACAAGAGUGAAAAUACGAAGACAGAAUAUACUGAAUACGACACUUAUACUAGGAAUGUUGAUUGCGUUAGUUAUCUGGACGGCUAUUCUGUCCACUAACUCCUACUUUAGUAGCUCCCUUGCCUCAGCGUCCCCCUUAUUUAACAAAGAAGGGAGAGUGGUGAGACCCAUGAGGGAGUCCAACUUGGGUUUGCAUGCGGACCCUCAAACCAGAAAGUCUUCAAAGACCCUGUAUGAUUUGCUGUCUGAUUUCGACAACGCUUUUUAUGAUGAUGAAAAUAUGAUCUUGGGUUCUCUUGCCUUUGGUGAGAACACUUACUCAAGACAACCAUACGUUGCUAAUGGUUACAUUGGCUCACGUAUCCCAAAUAUUGGUUUUGGUUACGCUUUGGAUACUCUAAAUUUAUAUGCUGAUGCUCCUGGGGCUUUGAAUAACGGCUGGCCGUUGAGAAACAGAAGAUUUGCUGGGUCAUUCGUCUCCGAUUUCUACUCCUUGCAAGCCAAACUAAACUCUACUAACUUUCCUGAGUUGGAUGAGAAAGGAUACACUACUGUAAUUUCAUCAAUUCCUGAAUGGACUGAUUUGCAAUUUACUGUUGAUCUUAACGGUACUAAUUGGUUUAAUCCGCAAUCUGUUUUGAUUGAUGAUGUCAUUAAUUAUAACCAAAAUUUGUCGAUGAAGGAUGGCAUCGUCUCAACAAAUAUGGACUGGUUGAAUGGUAUGAUCAAUAUUAAGAGCGAAGUUUGGGCCCAUAGAAAAAUUCAUUCUUUGGGGAUUACCAGAUUAGAAAUCUCCUUAAACCUGGACGCCCUCCCUGAUGAAUUUACUGAAUUACCGGUAACUAUCUAUGACAUUAUCGACUUCAACACUUCUCACAGGACAACUCUAUAUGAAAAGGGCCAGGACGAAGAUAAUAAGGCCAUUUACAUGAUUGUUAAUCCAGAAAAUGUUCCAUAUUCAAAUGCUGUUGUCUACUCUACGUGCACCAUUAAAGGAACUGAAAAUAACUUCUCACCAUACAACUUUACUUCUGAUGAUAGGAUUGCCAGGAACUAUAUGACCAACUUGACUGAGGAAAAUCCGAAGGUUGUAAUAUAUAAGUACACAAGUGUUGUUUCCUCCGAAUACAACAAUGACGAGCCUAAUCCAAAUGUCAAUUUAAAAUUUGCCAGCAACAUUGCAAACACUGCUAAGGGUAACUAUAAAUCCUUACUUUCUAAUCAUAAGAGGGCAUGGUAUGACUUGUACAACGAUGCCUUUAUCGAAAUUCCCUCUGAUAGUCUUCUGGAAAUGACUGCAAGAUCUUCGUUGUUCCACUUACUUGCCAAUACAAGGCAAUAUAAUGUUUCAACAACAAGGGGUCUACCAGUUGGUGUUGGUGGUUUAUCUUCGGACUCCUAUGGUGGUAUGGUAUUCUGGGAUGCGGAUGUCUGGAUGGCUCCAGCACUCCUACCUUUCUUUCCUAAUAUUGCUAUGAACAUGAACAAUUAUAGAAAUGCCACACAUCAGCAAGCCAUAGAAAAUGCUAAGCAGUAUAACUAUCCAGGAGCUGUUUAUCCUUGGACUUCUGGUAGGUAUGCUAACUGUACUUCUACUGGGCCAUGUAUUGAUUAUGAAUAUCAUAUUAAUGUUGACAUUGCUCUUGCAUCAUUUUCCAUAUAUAUGAAUGGUGCAGAAGGUGCAGAUGAGGACUAUUUACGUUUCACAACAUGGCCAAUGGUUAAGGAUGCAGCAGUGUUUUUCAAAGCCUACGUCAAAUACAAUGAGACUUUAGGUGAAUAUGAGACAUAUAAUCUAACAGAUCCGGAUGAAUUCGCUAAUCAUGUUAACAAUGGUGCUUUCACCAAUGCUGGUAUAAAAACACUUUUGAAAUGGGCAACUGAUAUUGGUACCCAUUUGGGUGAAGAAGUUGAUCCAAAAUGGAUGGAAAUAGCCGAUAACAUACACAUCCCUAGAUCAGAUUCUAAUAUUACUUUGGAAUACUCCGGUAUGAAUAGCUCUGUUGAAAUCAAGCAAGCAGAUGUAACUUUGAUGGUCUAUCCAUUGGGAUACAUUAAUGAUGAAUCGAUUUUGAAUAAUGCAAUUAAAGAUCUAUAUUACUAUUCUGAAAGGCAAUCUGCUUCAGGUCCUGCUAUGACCUAUCCAGUAUUUGUUGCUGCUGCUGCUAGUCUAUUGAACCACGGAUCAUCUUCUCAGAGCUAUCUAUACAAGUCGGUUCUACCUUAUUUGCGUUCUCCUUUUGCCCAGUUUAGUGAACAGUCGGACGAUAAUUUCUUAACAAAUGGUCUCACACAGCCAGCAUUCCCAUUUUUAACUGCAAACGGUGGUUUCUUGCAGAGUAUUUUGUUUGGCUUAACUGGUCUAAGAUAUUCUUACGAGGUCACGCCAAGGACUAAGAAGAUCAGUAGAUUACUAAAAUUUGAUCCUGUUAAGCUUCCACUAUUGCCAGGUGGUAUCGCCAUUCGAAACUUCAAAUAUAUGGGUCAGGUAUUGGACAUUAUCAUUGAUGAUAACAACGGCACUAUUGCUCAUAAAGGUGGAGAUAAACCGAUCAGAAUCAAGGUGCCUAAUCGUGAUAUACUGCAUGACAGGAACAUUACUUCAGCGUUGUAUUCGAAGAGAGACGAUGAUCUUUCUGCUACUGACGACUAUUAUGGUACUUACUUUACUUUGUAUCCUAAUGAAGAGCUGGUCAUUCCAUUAUAUGAUACUAAACUAAAUAUUGAUGGAAACAUUGCCGAAAGCAAGCAGAUUACAAACUUGACGGCUGGUGUUCCUGGAGAUGUUGGCUUCUCAGCAUUGGAUGGUAACAAUUACACGCAUUGGCAACCAUUCGAUAAAAGUGAUAAUGCAAAGCUCUUGAUUGAUUUAGGUUUCAACAGCACGCAUGUCAUUAAAAAGGGUAUCAUCCUGUGGGGACAAAGACCAGCAAAGAACAUUUCAUUGUCAGUCUUGCCUCACUCAGAAAGGAUCGAACAACUAUUUGCUAAUAUUACAGACCUGUUAGAAACAUCUUCAAUAACUAAAGGUGGUUCACUAUUGAAUCAAAUGUUAGGUCAGACACAGUCUAAUGUCACAGCAGAAAUUGAUGAUGAUAUCCUAGCUCUGUUGAAUUGGAAAGGCGAUGAUCUGGAUCAAUUGAUUCCUUACUUGCCUGAUAUGCAUCUCUUGCAAGAGAAAUUCAUACCAAUCUUAAAGGAUUAUCCUAUAAAGCCAAACCAAAGAUAUUACAAAGAGAUUAUCGAUGAUGACAUUAUUAAGUUGCUACCAAGUAACACCACUGAAUUCACCAUAGAUUAUAACUCUAUACCAGGAGGUGAGAAGCGAGCAAGAUAUGUAGUUUUGACAGUCCAUGGUACUUAUGACGAUGAUGAUGACCUGAAAGGCGCAACCAUCAAGGAAAUUGUCCUUCAAGAAUGA